AUGCGAUUGUCGAUCGCAUUUCUUAUUAAUCGGACUUCUUUCACUCUGAAACCAUACAAAGGCUGCAACCCGAGUCCAAGAAUGUCGUCGUCUAACUCUUCUGCCCCGAAGCGGAAGCAGAGAGACUCUAUCUCUCCCCCGCCAGUCAAGAGAAAGGUGCAGAGCGGAACUACCCAAAACGCUGUCGCAAACUUCUUCAAACCGUCAUCUCAGAAACCCAAAGACCGUACGAUAUGGACCGAACGCGCCCCAGACGAUGAUACACCGGCAACACUUCUCGUCGGUCGAUAUGAACCGGAGAACCCACCUACCGAAUCGAAGAAGAGAACAAAAGUCGCUGCAUUCGACCUGGAUUCUACCCUGAUUACAACAGCUUCCGGGAAGAAGCAUGCGGACGGCGGCAACGACUGGAAGUGGUGGCAUGCGUCUGUGCCAGGAAGACUAAGGGAACUAUACAACGAUGAGGGGUAUCGCGUGGUAGUCUUGUCGAACCAGGCGGGACUUGUUCUCCAUCCAGACCCGAAGGCAAAAGGCCCCAAGUCAUCGUCAAAAGACCGGGUUUCUGCAUUCAAACAGAAAGUUAAUGCUGUCUUGACACAGCUCGACCUUCCGAUUACUGUAUAUGCUGCAACAGAGAAAGACUUUUACAGGAAACCGCGGCCAGGGAUGUGGAAAGAGCUUUGCGAAGAUUAUGACCUCGUUGACGAGGUGGAUCUGAAGCAAAGUGUUUUCGUCGGCGACGCAGGUGGCCGAACAGCAACAGUCAAGUCUGCUGGUAAUAACACAGCAGGUACUGCAAAGGACUUCAGCUGUUCCGAUCGGAAUCUUGCCCACAACAUUGGCAUCGAGUACAAGACGCCCGAAGAGUUCUUCCUUGGCGAAAAGCCACGGGAUUUUGUCCGAGACUUCGAUGUGGUGCACUACCCCUUUCCUGAAGAUGCUAAGCCUUCAUCAGACAUUAUCUUUGAGAAGAAGAACAAGCAAGAUAUUGUGAUCUGCUGCGGGCCACCUGGCGCCGGCAAAAGUACCUUCUUUUGGAAGCACCUCAAGCCGCUGGGAUAUGAGCGGGUAAAUCAAGACAUCCUGAAGACCCGCGAGAAAUGCGUUCAGGCUGCCAAGGAGUUCUUGAGCGCUGGCCAAUCCGUUGCCAUAGAUAACACGAACGCAGAUCCCGAUACGAGAUCUGUUUGGGUUCAGCUGGCUGAAAAGCAGAAUGUUCCCAUUAGAUGUAUCUGGCUCAAGACACCGAUAACCAUUUGCGAGCACAACGACGCCGUACGAUCCAUGAACGCUUCUCUUAACCCCGAGUCUAGGGUAGCGCUACCCAGGAUGGCUUUCAACGGCUUCAAAUCACGGUUCAAAGAGCCCAAGAUAAAGGAAGGGUUCCAAGACAUCACCGAGGUUGAGUUUUCCUUCCGCGGCACCAAGGAAGAACACGAUAUAUGGGCCAGAUACUGGCUCUGA